AUGGAAGUAGCAUCUGAUAUUCGUGGUUGGGAUGAGUUGAUCCCCGAUACUUUGGCGCUGAUUUUCACGAAACUUUCACUCCGUGAAAGAUUGACCAUGAUCCCAAUGGUAUGCAAAUCUUGGGCCAGUGCUGUUUAUGGACCUUACUGUUGGCAAGAGAUAGAAAUCACUGACUGGAGCACAGCAUACGAGCAUCGGAAAAAUGAGCGGAUGGUUCAGAUGUUGAUUGCUAGAAGCUCUGGAUCGCUCCGAAAACUCAUCGUUUCAGGUCUCCGGACUAGAAAGAGUUUCACUUUCAUUGCUAAAAAUGCUGGCUCCCUCCGGGAUCUGCGACUGCCCAGAUGCAAUAUGAACGAUUAUGCAAUUACACGACUAACCAGAAAACUUUCAAUGAUUUCCUUCUUAGAUUUGAGUUACUGCGUCAAAAUUGGUAGCAAUGCUAUAAAGACAAUCGGCAAGAACUGCAAACAGUUGGAAGUGUUCUGUUGGAAUAUGCACCCGACAUAUACUUGGGGAAAACCCUUCGAAGAUGCUAAAGCAUAUGCAAUCGCCUCUACUAUGUCGAAGCUCAAACGUCUCGAAAUUGUCUACCAUCUUAUCACCAAUGAAGGUGUUCUUAAAAUCAUCUCAUCAUGUCCUAAGCUUGAAUGUUUGGAUUUGAGGGGUUGUUGGGGUGUCAAACUUGACACCAUGUCAGUGAAGCAGAAUUUUCCGAAACUUAUGGUUUUGAGGCCUCAAGUUCUUGGCAAUUAUAUAUGAGAGGUGCAAUCGGAUUCUUCUGAUUUAGAAUAAUAAGAUAGCGAUGUGGACGAGUAUAAUUACAAUGAUGAUGGCAUGUGGUUUUAUGAAGGAAGGGUUGAAGAGCUUUAGUUUAGGGUUUAUGGUGUUGGGUUUUUUUUAAUUAGUGUUUUUGUGCUUGGGCUUUCUUUAUGCUAUUUGCAUAAAAUGUAUCAAAGAAAAUGAAGCAUUUGAGCUUCCUUGUAAGAACUUAAGAUGUUUUU